AUGACUUCCAAAACUCUCCUGGCGGGCGCCUUGCUCGCAGCUGGCGCCCAAGCCAUGCAGCCCAGUGCUGUGAAGCCCGUCCCCGCCCCCAUGCGCGAUCUCCAGUGGGCUCAGCUCAACUUCCUCCACACAACCGACACCCAUGGUUGGCAUGGUGGACACCUGCAAGAGUCCCAGUACUCGGCCGACUGGGGCGACUAUGUCUCCUUUGCCCAUCACAUGCGCAAGAAGGCCGACGAGCAAGGCGUCGACCUGCUUGUCGUCGAUACUGGCGAUCGAGUCGAAGGCAACGGCCUGUACGACGCCUCCAGGCCCAAGGGCCAGUAUACGUAUGACAUCUUCAAAGAGCAGGAUGUCGAUAUCAUUUGCACUGGCAACCACGAGCUUUACCUCGAUGAUACUGUCGCCCGUGAAUGGAAUCAGACUGUUCCCAACUUCAAGGACAAUUAUCUGGCCUCCAACCUGGAUUACAUCGACCCCAAAACGGGCGAGGCUGUACCCAUGGCACCGAGGUACAAGAAGUUUCAGACCAAGAAUCAGAAGCUGAAUGUCGUGGCUUUCGGGUUCUUGUUCGACUUCACAGGCAACGCCAACAACAGCAUAGUACAACCUGUCUCCAAGACAAUCAAGGAGGAAUGGUUUCAGAAUGCAAUCAGAGAAAAGCCUGAUAUUUUCGUGGUGAUUGGACAUAUUGGCCUACGAAUGGACGAGAUUAAACAGAUACACAACGAGAUUAGGAAGCAGAACUGGUUCACCCCAGUUGCCUUCUUCGCGGGUCACGCCCAUGUUCGCGAUGCCGUUAGCCUGGACGCAAAGAGUUUUGGUAUCGCGAGCGGGAGGUAUUUCGAGACUAUUGGGUGGAUGUCCAUCGAUGGAAUUGCCAAAAAGAAAGAAGACGUCGAGACGACAGCGGUCUCUUUCAACAGGAGAUACAUCGAUAACAACUUGCUGGGACUCUAUCACCACACGGGGCUCAACGAGUCCACAUUUCCCACAGAGCAUGGUCGUAAUGUCAGCAAGAUCAUCGCCAAGGCUCGGACGGCCCUGGACUUGGACCAGAGGUUUGGCUGUGCGCCUCAGGACUAUUGGAUGGCGAGGACGAAAUACCCAAGCAACGACAGCGUCUUCACUUUGCUCGACCAGCAAGUGCUGCCUGACAUUAUUGUCAAUGAUUCGCGAAAGGACAUCCCAAGACUUGCGAUUAUCAACACCGGCGCCAUCCGGUUUGACAUCUUCAAGGGCCCCUUCACCCUGGACACUACGUAUAUUCUCUCCCCAUUCCAGAGCAGGAUGACCUAUAUCCCCGAAGUGCCCUACAGUGCCGCGAAGAAGGUGCUACCGAUGUUGAACAGUGCGGGGCAGAUCCUCGAUCAGCCUUCUUUUGAUGCCAGGAUGAUGGGCCCGCCUGAGCAGUGGCACAUUACUGAGGACAUCAUCUAUCCAACACAAUCCACUGUGAAAUCUAUGCUGCAAAGUGACGGGCAGAAGCCGCUGGGCGAUGCUAAAGAUGAACCGGACCUUGUCAGUGGAUACACCACCAAGGACGAUAUUGGGACCGAUGGAGACGAUGCUGUUCACGCUCCCAUCAACUUCCACAACCAGCCCAACUGCAUCCAGGCUGAAAUCGACAUGCCAACUGAAGGCGAGCCAGAGACCGUCGACCUGGUGUUCACCGACUUCAUAACGCCCUGGGUCAUCAUGGCUCUGAAGUUCAGUGGCGGCGACUACGAUAAGGCGAACGUCCAGCUGUGGGACGAGGCUCCCUUCACGGAUAUGUUGGCGGGCUGGAUCAAGAAGAACUGGAAGGGCAAGUGCUAG